AGAUCAUAACUGUCUGACUUGCUAUAUAAGCUGCAGAACUUGACCAGUUGAUCACAAGCACAACCAACUGGAUUAGCAGACACUCAGGGUCUAAGAAGAACCAUGAAGGUCCUCGCUGUGCUCGUCCUGGCCGUCUUCAGCGGCUGCAAUGCCAACCUCUUCUACGCUGAUGCACCAAGGCCACAGCUGGAAGUGAUAACUGAUGCAUUCUGGGACUACGUUGGAAAAGCCACCCAGACAGCUGAUGACACCCUUCAGAUGAUCAGAGAAUCUCCAUUUGGGCAGGAAAUCAGCACUCGGCUGACAGAAAGUGCCGAUGUAGCCAACAAGUAUGCCGUCACCCUGCAGGAGCAGCUCCCCAUCGGAGCUCAGGACAUGAUCAAGAAAGUCACCGUAGAGGCUGAAGCACUGAAAGAUCGCGUGACCCAGGAGCUGAGCUCAGCCAGGGACAAGAUGGAGCCCUACACGGAGAACGUCAAGGCCCAGAUCCAGCAGAGAGUGGACCAGCUCAAACAGGAGCUGGCCCCCUAUUCCGACUCCCUGGACAUCGAGACGCUGAGGAGCACCCUGGUGCAGAGGAGCGAGGAGCUGAAGGCCAACGUGGAGCAGAGCGUGAAGGACCUGCAGGUUCAGCUCGGGCCAUACACCGACGACCUGAAGCAGAAGGUGGACCAGCACCUGCAGGAAUUUGAUCAGAAAGUGACAUCUCUGUCCACGAGGGUCCAGAGUGAGGUCUCACAGAGAGCCCAGCAGGUGAAAGACAUGGCAACCCCCUAUGUUGACCAGCUGUGGGAGAAGAUGGACCCCUACAUCCAGGAGCUCCGGAAUCGCCUCUCCGCUCGCCAGUGAUCUGUUGUUAAAUCCAAAUAAGUUAAACCCAAACUGAACAAAAAUAAACUGCAUCCAUGGAAACACAAUUCUGAUCCCAGGAAUGUCAAUUUCAGUAGCGCGAUAGUUCCUCGUCCUUGAAAUCUGCAGCUGUUGUUAAAUAUAGUUACACUGUCAAAAAAGUAGCUACAUCUUAAGUUAACGCUGGUCUGUGACCACACACUGUCCUCUUCCUAUAUUAUGGAAAAUAAAGUAAAAGCAAAAAGA